UCUAGCAGCUACGCUGCCAGGGGGCUUUGGUGACGUUGAGUUUGUUAUGAAGUGACAUCACUCCGCUGUUCUUUCCUGCCUAGGCGCUGGUCGUCUUUCUCAGAUACUAAAGUACUGUGUACCUUAUGGGGUCGUUGCAGUUUUAGCGACUGGAUAAAUACUCUUAAGAUGGACAACGGCUUUAUGAACAUGGCGUCCAUAGGAGAAUUCGACCCUCAACAUGCCAGUAUCCCGGCCACUAAAGUUGAGAUCACAGUGUCCUGCAGAAAUCUUUUGGACAGAGACACCUUUUCUAAGUCGGAUCCAAUUUGUGUUCUGUAUACACAAGGAGUUGGAAACAAAGAAUGGAGAGAAUAUGGACGAACAGAAGCUAUUGACAAUACUUUGAAUCCUGAUUUCGUAAAGAAAUUUAUGCUGGACUAUUUCUUUGAAGAGAGGCAGAACCUCCGGUUUGAUUUGUAUGAUGUUGAUUCAAAAAGUUCAAACUUAUCAAAACACGAUUUCCUGGGCCAAGGGUUCUGCACCCUGGGGGAGGUGGUUGGAUCACAAGGCAGCCGACUAGAGAAGCCUUUGGUGGGAAUCCCAGGAAAAAAAUGUGGAACAAUUAUUUUAAAAGCAGAUGAGCUGAACAACUGCAGAGAGGUAGUGAUGAUGCAGUUUUGUGGCAAUAAAUUAGAUAAGAAAGACUUCUUCGGGAAAUCUGACCCCUUUUUGGUCUUCUACAGAAGCAAUGAAGAUGGAUCGUUUACUAUCUGCCAUAAAACAGAAGUGGUGAAGAACACACUAAAUCCAGUAUGGCAGGUAUUUCGAAUCCCAGUCCGAGCUCUCUGCAAUGGGGACUUCGACAGAACAAUCAAGAUUGAGGUUUAUGACUGGGACAGAGAUGGAAGCCAUGAUUUUAUCGGAGAGUUUACUACAAGCUACAGAGAACUGUCAAGAGGCCAGUCACAGUUUAAUGUGUAUGAGGUGAUAAAUCUCAAGAAGAAAGGAAAGAAGAAAAAAUACAUCAAUUCUGGAACAGUAACUUUGCUGUCAUUUGCAGUUGAAACCGAAGUCACAUUCCUUGACUAUAUAACGGGCGGGACUCAGAUCAAUUUUACGGUGGCCAUUGAUUUUACGGCAUCGAAUGGUAACCCAGCCCAGCCAACCUCUCUCCACUACAUGAGCCCUUAUCAGAUGAAUGCAUAUGCUAUGGCGCUUAAGGCAGUGGGAGAAAUCAUUCAGGACUAUGAUUCUGAUAAGAUGUUUCCAGCUCUGGGGUUUGGUGCAAAGCUGCCACCAGAUGGAAGGGUGUCACAUGAGUUUGCCUUGAAUGGAAAUCCUCUUAAUCCAUAUUGCUAUAGGAUUGAUGGAGUAAUGGAGGCAUAUUACCAGAGUCUAAAGUCUGUGCAUCUGUAUGGGCCCACAAACUUUUCACCUGUCAUCAACCAUGUAGCAAGGUAUGCUGCCUCUGUGAAAGAUGGCUCACAGUAUUUUAUUUUGCUGAUUAUAACAGAUGGAGUUAUCUCAGAUAUGGCACAGACAAAAGAGUCGAUUGUCAAUAACUUCACAUUUGAGACCUAUCAAAUAGAAGCCUCUACCCUUCCAAUGUCAAUAAUUAUUGUUGGAGUUGGACCAGCAGAAUUUGAUGCAAUGAUCGAGUUGGACGGUGAUGAAAUUCGAAUAUCAUCCAGAGGUAGACAUGCAGAAAGAGACAUUGUUCAGUUUGUCCCAUUCAGAGACUACAUUGACAGGACGGGAAACCACAUCCUGAGCAUGGCCCGUUUGGCAAAGGAUGUACUUGCAGAGAUUCCGGACCAGUUCUUGUCUUACAUGAAAGCAAGAGCAAUCAAGCCGUCUCCUGCACCCCCUCCCUACACACCCCCAGGGCACCCUCUGCAAACCCAGAUCUGACCUUCCUAAUCGCCUGCCACCUCUAGCCCUCCACUCGUCAGAAACACUAUGUGCUGCACCUCUUUUGUCUGCUUGCACUGUGUAGACUGGGAUGACGACAGGACACGAAAGCAUCUCUGAUGACAUGUUUACUUCCAUUUAAAGUUCUUCUUUAAGGACUUAAAAAAAAAUUGGACGGUACAGGCAGGUUGCGUACAAAAUUGGAUGUCUUCAUGAAUGCCUUGGAAAUAAAGCAGCUUUCCUUUAGGAGUUAAAGCUUAAUCCAAAAAAAAAAAAAAAAGCAGGAAGGACAGUCACAGAGGAACAACUCUUAAAAUGUUAAUGGGGGAAAAGGUGGAACCAUGUUUUAACAGUCGAACCAUGUUUUAACAGGAUUCCCAAUUCCUGGACUGUUGUAAAUAACCAUGGGAAUGCUUUUCCUCUAUCUCUUAAUGUUUACAUGUUAAUGAUUUUUACAGUGGAAUACUUUUAUAAUCAUACUUGAAAUAUAAACUUUGGAAUAAUUAUACUUCUUGUGUGUGCUACCUUGCAGAUGAAACAUCCUAAAAAGUGAAACCAUAUCCCUUCUUAAGAGCAUUCUAGGAUUG